CUCUGCCCUUUCCUUUUUUGUAUUGUUUUUCUUUUUCAGUCGCAAAAAUAAGAAGCAAAAUGAUAAACCCUGCAUAUCCCCUCUGGUAGGAACAAUCAAAAUUGGGGGCAGAGGUUACAAUGGCGGCUGCUUUGUCCAGAAACGCCAAUUGUGCUCGCCAUCUUAGUCGGUUAAUUUAUUACCGCAGUUUAUGCCAAUGGGCAUCGUCGACGGUUUCUUCGCCAGUCUCGAACGAACUCCGGCAUCGAACUCUUCCUCAAGUUCAAUCGGGCAUCUAUCCGAGAAAUGGAUUUCAGUCUUUUGCGAUUUAUCAAAGAUUCGUGUCGAGCACUGCUACUACUACUACUGAUAAAUUCACUACUAAAUCCGAUGGUGGCGAAAAUUCUGGUGAUAAAACUGACACUAAAUCUGAUGGAGGCGAAACGUCUGGAGAAUCGCAACAGAGCGGUGGUGCUGGGAAGCCUAUCCGUGGCGGGCCGGUUUCAUGGUUGAGUUUUCUCUUGCUUCUUGCAACGGGGGCAGGAAUUUUGUACUACUUUGAUAAGGAGAAGAAGCGAUAUAUUGAAGGAAUAAAUAAUGCAUCGAAGGCAGUGAAAGAGGGACCCUCUGCAGGCAAAGCUGCCAUUGGGGGCCCAUUUAAUCUCAUUAAUCAUGAUGGGAAGAAUGUAACAGAGAAAAACUUUUUGGGAAAAUGGACAGUGGUAUAUUUCGGCUUCACUCAUUGCCCCGACAUUUGCCCCGACGAGCUAAUAAAGCUUGCAGAUGCGGUUGACAAAAUAAAGAAAAAAUCAGGGCUAGAUAUUGUGCCCGUGUUCAUCUCUGUUGAUCCUGAAAGAGACACUGUUGAGCAAGUGCGUGAAUAUGUCAAAGAAUUUCAUCCAACAUUAAUUGGGUUAACUGGGACAAUGGAUGAGAUAAAGAAAGUUGCCCGUUCAUAUCGAGUUUACUUUAUGAAGACGGAGGAGGAAGAUUCAGAUUAUCUUGUUGAUCAUUCCAUAGUAAUGUACCUGAUGUCUCCAGAGAUGAAGUUUGUAAAAUUCUUUGGGAAGAAUGAGAACGUCGAUUCACUUACCGAUGGUGUGAUUAAAGAGAUAAAGCAAUACAAAAAGUAGCUCAUUCUGCCAAUGUAUGUUUUUUUUUUCCAGAUUUUUUGAGAAUAACUUUGAUACUGUAGAUGUGCUUUCGAUUUUGUGCACAUGAUUGUAUCCGAAAGAAAUGUAGGUGAAAAACUUAGGCAUAUUCAUAGAAUUUUCCUGUAAACUUCACGAUGUGAGAUUAGUUUAUUGGGGCAUUUCUCCCAUAUUGGUUCUCUCAAUGGUUUUCUGGGAGUACUUAGGCUGGCUGGCUG